AGAAAAAAUGACAAAGUUAUGGAAAAAAUAUAUACUUUGGUUUGCCCAGGAGCACGUUGACUUUCGCGUCGCAGAGUUCGAAUCGCUUGUUAAAUUGUUUGGCCUACAAUUUCGAAAUUUGUCGGAACAUCGUUUGAAACCUUUUUGGCUAGUGGAGUUUCCCAAUGAUGAAACAGCACUGCAGUACGCCUCCCGAUCGAUUGCACUGCGGUCUAUCAUCGAGCUAUUCUCGCACGCGCACACGUUACCUGAAUUCCAUAGACGUUUACGAGCUCACGUGGACUUGCAUCAAGAACCGCUUAAAGAGUGUUUCAAAGCGGAAAGUUUUAAGAUUACUGUAGAAACAUACAACAAGCACUUUAGCCAACAGGAAAAGGUUGAAAAGAUCGAGACCAUGGACUAUCUUCCAAUCGAAGGAACAGUCGAUCUUAAGAAUCCACAAGUCGAGUGGUGGUAUCUGGAGUUUUGGGGCUUGGAUCCUACUGCUGUGCCUGUUACACCCGAAGAUAUUCUCUUUGGACGCAUGAUGGCCCAGGGCCAGCGACAUUUAAUUAAGCAGCUUUCGCUAAAGCAACGCAAAUUCAUUGGCAAUACCAGCAUGGAUGCACAACUCAGUCUUCUUAUGGCCAACCAGGCAAUGGUGCGUGAUGGGGACCUGGUUUUUGAUCCGUUUGUGGGCACCGGCUCGCUGUUGGUGAGUGCCGCGAAAUUUGGAGGCUAUGUCCUAGGCGCUGAUAUUGACUUUAUGAUGGUGCAUGCACGCUGCAGGCCCAGUCGCAUAUCUCAAAAAGUGCGCGACAAAGAUGAGAGCAUACGCGCCAACCUCCAGCAGUAUGGCUGUGCGGAUCGCUACAUGGAUGUGUUGGUCGCAGACUUUUCGAAUCCACUCUGGCAUAGACGCAUUACCUUUGAUAGCAUCAUCACCGAUCCUCCAUAUGGAAUACGCGAGGCAACUGAAAAAGUGGAGAAUAAGCUUAACCCCAAGGAGAAUACAAGAACGGCAACCAUGGCGCAUUAUCCCUCAACCUCACAUUAUUCCCUUCAGCAUUUAUAUGCAGAUCUGCUGCAGUUUGGCGCAACACACUUAAAACUUGGCGGACGACUUGUUUGCUGGCUGCCCUUUCACCGUGAGGACUACAGCGAAACAAUGCUACCUCAACAUACACAUCUGCGCCUAGUAGCCAACUCGGAGCAACAACUGGCAGGCAACACAGCGCGUCGUUUGCUUACUUAUGAGAAACAUAUGGAAUACAUUGAAGAAGCUAGCUCCAGUGACAGUGUAACACAACUCGCUACUCCGUCUACGCAGGAAUUUAGAGACCGCUAUUUUAAUGCAAACGGCGCACUGGAGUCACGUCAGGAACGCCGCAUGCGAAAAGCGGCACUGCGAGAGCAGGGUCGCCAAGAAAUGGAAAUGCGUGGUAAAAUUCACAGCGAUGGGCGUGCUAAGAAAUGCGAGUUAAACAAAGCUCGGUUCAACUAAAUACUUUACUAAAAUACACAAAAACAUAGGUAUAUAUUGUUAA